AUGGCUUCCCAGCCUCCUCACCCUCUUUCUGGUCAGCCAGCUGGUGCCCAUGAAGAAUACGAAAGUGAAGCUGUCACAGAGACAACAUAUCGCCCCUCAGCCGCCCAUGUGAACAAUACUACUCCGACAAACGAUGCCGCAAAUAAUAUAUACGAAUCCGAAAAUGAUGACGAUGGAUCCGAAGCCAUGUACGAAGCCGUCAGGACGUGGUCGCCUCAGUCGCGACCCGAAUUGGUUCGAAUUGCCUCUGCCUUUUCAAUGGUAGACUCUCAUCCUGAUGCCUCAUCACCCACACUGGACGGAGGCCAACUGAGCCGACGUGAUACUCUUGCUGGAAUCAAGAUUGGUGACCCUGUCCUUGAUCCUACGAAACCCGAAUUCAAUUUCUACAAAUGGGCCCGUAUGUUCUUUCAUAUUAUGGAGGAGGAAGGAAUUAAGCAUAACAGAACUGGAGUCAUGUUUCGCAACCUUACCGUUCUGGGCUCUGGAUCUGCCGUGCAAUAUCAAGACACAUUCCUUUCGCCAUUCGCUGCCCUCUUUCGCCCUGGCGAGCACUGCGGCAAGGACAGGAAUCCAGAGAAGGUUAUACUACACGACUUCAAUGGAGCAAUACGAGAGGGGGAGCUUCUCAUGGUCCUAGGUCGACCCGGCAGUGGAUGCUCUACCUUCCUGAAAGCAAUUUGUGGUGAACUACAUGGCCUUCAAAAGAACAAGGAAUCCGUAAUUCACUACAAUGGAGUGUCUCAACAAACUUUCAAAAAAGAACUCCGCGGCGAAGCUGUAUACAGUGCAGAAGAUGAGCACCAUUUCCCGCAUCUAACAGUUGGUCAGACUCUCGAGUUUGCUGCAGCAGCUCGUACUCCCUCUAAAAGGGUACUCGGCGUUAGCCGUAAGGACUUCUCAACCCACCUGGCGCGGGUGAUGAUGUCGGUUUUUGGCUUGAGCCAUACGUAUAACACAAAAGUCGGCGAUGACUAUGUCCGUGGCGUGAGCGGUGGAGAGAGAAAGCGAGUCAGUAUUGCUGAAAUAGCGCUUGCCGGUGCUCCAAUUUGCUGUUGGGAUAACUCCACAAGAGGUCUUGACUCAGCUACUGCCCUUGAAUUUACAAAGGCUUUGAAAAUUGGCUCCCAGGUUGGUGGUAUUACUCAGUGCCUGGCAAUCUAUCAAGCCAGUCAAGCCAUCUAUGAUAUCUUCGACAAAGUGAUUGUACUCUACGAAGGGCGCCAGAUCUACUUCGGCCCUACCAGAAUUGCAAAGCAAUACUUUGAAGAAAUGGGAUGGUACUGUCCGCCUCGACAGACAACGGCAGAUUUUCUGACCUCUGUGACAAACCCUAAGGAGAGAAUAGCCAAGGAGGGAUAUGAAAACAGAGUCCCACGGACAGCUAUCGAAUUUGAACGAUACUGGAAACAAUCACAGAAUAACAAACUACUUCUCGCUAACAUGGACCACUUCGAGGCUGAAUACCCUUCUGAAGAAGGCCAUCUCAAAGACCUCCGUGAGGCACACGGUCAGGCACAGGCAAAGCAUACGAAGUCUAAAUCCCCGUAUCGAAUCAGUGUGCCUAUGCAAGUGAAAUUAUGUACAGUCCGUGCAUACCAACGCCUUUGGGGAGAUAAGUCGUCUACAAUCGCCACCAACAUCAGUCAAAUCAUGAUGGCUUUGAUUAUUGGUUCUCUUUUCUUUAAUACCCCCCAGACAACCGAUGGUUUCUUUGCAAAAGGUUCCGUCAUUUUCUUCGCCAUCCUUCUCAGCGGUCUAAUGUCAAUCACUGAAAUUAAUGGACUAUGUAAGCACGUCGAUUCGAUCUUCCAGGAUGCUCAACGCCCCAUUGUUGUCAAGCAUGUGAAUUUUGCAUUCUACCAUGCAUAUUCAGAGGCAUUGGCAGGCAUUGUGGCAGAUAUACCCAUCAAGUUUUUCCUGGCUUCGGUAUUUAACGUCAUUAUAUAUUUUUUGGGAGGACUCGAAAGAUCCGCAUCAAAGUUUUUCAUCUUCUUCCUGUUCACUUUCAUUACCAUCCUUGCCAUGUCGGCUAUAUUUCGCACGUUGGCUGCCGCGACCAAAACUAUACCACAAGCUCUUGCCUUGGCUGGAGUCAUGAUACUUGCUCUUGUGAUAUAUACUGGAUUUACCAUACAGCCUUCCUACAUGCACCCAUGGUUCAAAUGGAUCCGCUAUAUCAACCCUAUAGCGUACGCCUACGAAGCAUUACUCACAAAUGAAGUCCAUGGCAACAGCUAUACAUGUGCUACGCCUGUCCCUCCAUACGGUAGUGGGGAAAACUUUGCAUGUCCUGUUGCCGGGGCUGUCCCUGGAGAUAUCUCUUCUUCUGCCGAAUUCCUGGUGUUCCGUCGUGGGCAUCUUCCAAAGAAUUUCCAGGGAUCGAAGGAUGAGGAGGCUGCUGCUGGCGGUAUCAUCCACCCCAAUGACCCAGCUCGCCUACCUUCCAAUAACACCAAUGGUGCAGCCGGAGAGAGUGCCCCUGGUGGCUCUACUGUUGCAGUUAUUCCGCCGCAGAAAGAUAUCUUCACUUGGAGAAAUGUCACUUAUGAUAUCACCAUUAAAGGAGAGCCUCGCCGACUUUUGGACAAUAUCUCGGGCUGGGUCCGUCCAGGCACACUUACUGCUCUGAUGGGAGUUUCUGGUGCCGGCAAAACCACCUUGCUCGAUGCCCUUGCACAACGAACUACCACUGGUGUCAUUACAGGAGAUAUGCUUGUAAACGGCAGACCAUUAGACUCAUCCUUCCAACGGAAAACUGGCUAUGUCCAGCAACAAGAUCUUCAUUUAGAGACCUCAACCGUCCGAGAGGCACUCCGGUUUUCUGCAGAUCUCCGCCAGCCUAAGUCGGUCUCAAAGAAGGAGAAAUAUGAGUAUGUGGAGGAUGUAAUAAAGAUGCUCAGCAUGGAAGAUUUCAGCGACGCUGUCGUUGGAAAUCCCGGAGAAGGACUUAACGUUGAACAACGGAAACUUCUUACUAUUGGCGUUGAGCUUGCAGCAAAGCCCCAGCUUCUGCUAUUCCUUGAUGAGCCUACAUCCGGACUUGAUUCGCAGAGUUCCUGGUCUAUCGUCACAUUCCUUCGAAAGCUUGCGGAUAACGGACAGGCAGUCCUCUCAACUAUCCAUCAACCCUCUGGUAUCCUAUUUGAACAGUUUGACCGUUUGCUCUUUCUAGCCAAGGGCGGCAGAACUGUCUACUUUGGAGAUAUUGGCAAGAACUCGGAGACCUUGCUGAAUUACUUUGAAAUCCACGGAGCAGAACCAUGUGGCCCGAGUGAAAACCCAGCAGAGUAUAUGCUUAAUAUUGUCGGCGCCGGGCCAAGCGGAAAGUCGAAGAUUGACUGGCCAGCGGUAUGGAAAGAAAGCGAGGAGAGCCAUCAUGUUCAACAAGAACUUGACCGAAUCCAAGCAGAAACAAGCAAGAGAAACGAGGGUCAUGGUCAGCCAGCCGAAAAGGAGCCUGGCGAAUUCGCCAUGCCCUUUACUUCUCAGCUAUAUUGUGUUACUGCUCGUGUCUUUCAGCAGUACUGGAGGACGCCUUCGUAUAUCUGGGGCAAAUUGCUCUUGGGUCUGGCAUCGGCCUUGUUCAUUUCUCUUGUCCAACAGAUUAUGCCACGGUUCGUCACACAGCGAGAUCUAUUUGAAGUUCGGGAGCGUCCAUCUCGUGCAUAUAGCUGGAAGGUAUUCCUGUUUGCAAACAUAAUCGUCGAAAUACCCUAUCAGAUCCUCCUCGGAAUAAUUGCAUGGGCUUCGCUCUUCUAUCCCACAUUUGGUAAUCACCUAUCGUCUGAGCAACAGGGAAUUUUUCUACUUUAUUGUGUUCAAUUCUUCAUAUUCGCCUCCACAUUUGCACAAAUGAUAAUUGCCGGUUUACCAGACGCCGAAACGGCUGGAGGAAUCGCCACAACCAUGUUCGGUCUCAUGGUCACCUUCAAUGGCGUUCUCCAGAAACCUAAUGCUCUUCCUGGAUUUUGGAGAUUCAUGUGGCGAGUAUCCCCUAUCACGUAUACGGUGGGCGGCCUUGCAGCAACUUCGCUACACGGUCGAGAGGUGAAAUGUGCGCAGAAUGAGUUGGCAAUAUUUGAUCCUCCAAGUGGAGCUACUUGUGCUCAGUAUCUGCAGAAAUUUGUGGAAGCAGGUGCUCCAGGCAGGCUUUACAAUCCGACGAGUACCAGCCAAUGCCAAUACUGCCCUCUAUCUAACGGCGAUCAAUUCUUAGCAGGCUCUGAAAUAUAUUGGAGUGACCGAUGGAGAAACUUCGGAAUUGGAUGGGCAUAUAUUGUCUUCAAUGUCUUUGCAACUGCUGCACUAUAUUAUCUGAUCCGUGUGAGGAAGUCAUCUGGGCGACCGAAUAGGUUGAUCAGUGUCAUUAUGUAUCACCUUGGCCGGGCUGGAACAUAUUGCCGGGCUGUUAUUACUGGACGAAUGGAGAAAUAUCCUAGGAAACGGGAGCAGAUCGUAUCACAAGGCUACGCUAAUUUUAAUGUUUAUCGAAAGACAUCAGGUCAUUAG